CCUACAGACCAAGAAAGGGGAAAUCUUCAAGCUGAAGGCAGAGCUCAACAGUGACAAGAAGGAGAAGAAGAAGGAGGCAGUGAAGAAAGUGAUUGCAUCGAUGACCGUGGGCAAAGAUGUCAGUGCCCUCUUCCCUGAUGUGGUGAACUGCAUGCAGACGGACAACCUGGAGCUGAAGAAGCUGGUAUACCUCUACCUGAUGAAUUAUGCCAAGAGUCAGCCUGACAUGGCCAUUAUGGCCGUCAACACCUUUGUGAAGGACUGUGAGGACCCCAACCCCCUCAUCCGAGCCCUGGCGGUGCGGACCAUGGGCUGCAUCCGCGUUGACAAGAUCACGGAGUACCUGUGUGAGCCACUCCGGAAGUGCCUGAAGGAUGAGGAUCCAUAUGUGCGCAAGACAGCAGCUGUGUGCGUGGCCAAGCUUCACGAUAUCAAUGCCCAGCUGGUGGAGGACCAGGGCUUCCUGGACACCCUUAAAGACCUCAUCUCUGACUCUAACCCCAUGGUGGUGGCCAAUGCAGCAGCAGCACUCUCAGAAAUCGCGGAGUCUCACCCCAGCAGCAAUCUGCUUGAUCUGAACCCACAGUCCAUCAACAAGCUGCUGACAGCCCUGAAUGAGUGCACCGAGUGGGGCCAGAUCUUCAUCCUGGAUUGCCUGGCCAACUAUACACCCAAGGACGACCGUGAGGCCCAGAGCAUCUGUGAGCGGGUCACACCCAGGCUCUCCCACGCCAACUCUGCUGUGGUGCUCUCUGCUGUGAAGGUGCUGAUGAAGUUCAUGGAGAUGUUGUCCAAGGACCUGGACUACUAUGGCACACUUCUCAAGAAGCUGGCCCCACCCCUGGUCACACUGCUGUCGGCCGAGCCGGAGCUGCAGUACGUGGCUCUGCGCAACAUCAAUCUCAUCGUGCAGAAAAGGCCUGAGAUCUUGAAGCAUGAGAUGAAGGUGUUCUUCGUGAAGUACAAUGACCCUAUCUACGUGAAGCUGGAGAAGCUGGACAUCAUGAUCCGCCUGGCCUCCCAGGCCAACAUCGCCCAGGUGUUGGCGGAGCUGAAAGAGUACGCAACGGAAGUGGAUGUGGACUUUGUACGGAAGGCUGUGCGAGCCAUUGGCCGCUGUGCCAUCAAGGUGGAGCAAUCCGCGGAGCGCUGUGUGAGCACGCUGCUCGACCUCAUCCAGACCAAGGUCAACUACGUGGUCCAGGAGGCCAUUGUGGUCAUCAAGGACAUCUUCCGCAAGUACCCCAACAAGUAUGAGAGUGUGAUUGCCACGCUGUGUGAGAACCUGGACUCGCUGGAUGAGCCUGAGGCUCGGGCUGCCAUGAUCUGGAUCGUGGGCGAGUACGCGGAGCGGAUCGACAAUGCAGAUGAGCUGCUGGAGAGCUUCCUCGAGGGCUUCCAUGACGAGAGCACCCAGGUCCAGCUGCAGCUGCUGACUGCCAUUGUGAAACUCUUCCUGAAGAAGCCAACAGAAACACAGGAGCUAGUGCAGCAGGUCCUCAGUUUGGCCACUCAGGACUCAGACAACCCGGACCUGCGGGACCGUGGCUACAUCUACUGGCGCCUGCUCUCCACGGACCCGGUGGCAGCCAAGGAGGUGGUGCUGGCAGAGAAGCCACUCAUCUCUGAAGAGACAGACCUCAUCGAGCCCACGCUGCUGGACGAGCUCAUCUGCUACAUCGGCACGCUGGCCUCCGUGUACCAUAAGCCUCCCAGUGCCUUUGUGGAGGGGGGCCGGGGCGUCGUGCACAAGAGCCUGCCACCCCGCACUGCCUCGAAUGAGAGCACAGAGAGCCCUGAGACAGCCCCUGCUGGAGCACCUCCUGGGGAGCAGCCAGAUGUCAUCCCCGCCCAGGGCGACCUGCUGGGUGACCUCCUUAACCUGGACCUCGGCCCCCCGGUUAGUGGCCCGCCCCUGGCCACCUCCUCGGUGCAGAUGGGAGCUGUGGACCUUCUUGGCGGUGGCCUUGACAGCCUGAUGGGGGAUGAGCCUGAAGGGAUUGGGGGCACCAACUUCGUGGCACCUACAACAGCAGCAGCACCAGCCAACCUUGGAGCACCCAUCGGCAGUGGCCUGAGUGACCUCUUUGACCUAACCAGUGGCGUGGGCACCCUGUCAGGAUCGUAUGUGGCCCCCAAAGCAGUCUGGCUCCCAGCCAUGAAGGCCAAGGGGCUAGAGAUCUCAGGCACCUUCACCCGCCAGGUGGCCUCCAUCUCCAUGGACCUGCAGCUGACCAACAAGGCCUUGCAGGUCAUGACUGACUUUGCCAUCCAGUUCAACCGCAACAGCUUUGGCCUGGCCCCCGCCGCCCCCCUCCAGGUCCACGCGCCACUCAGCCCCAACCAGACAGUGGAGAUCUCCCUGCCUCUCAGCACAGUGGGCUCGGUCAUGAAGAUGGAGCCUCUGAACAACCUGCAGGUGGCCGUGAAGAACAACAUCGAUGUCUUCUACUUCCGCACCUUAUACCCACUGCACAUUCUCUUUGUGGAGGAUGGGAAGAUGGGUGAGUCAUUGUGCACAGAGCCCUUCCUAGGAGGCCCGGAGGAGCCCCGUGGGCUGCUGCUGACCUGCGGAACUCCACUGUUCCCACUUCCCGACUGCACCCUGCAGAACCAGUGCUUUAGAGUGGAUGGACUCACACUGCUCGCCAGCAGGGCUCUGGUGACUGGGCUGACAGCAGGUGUGUGGGCUGCAAGUAUAUUUGGUCCACACCCGGCUGGCUGCGACAGCUGCCCCCUCUGCUUUCCCUCGCAUCUGUGCCAGGCGCAGCUGUGCACACCACACUCUCCCAUUGGUUCCCACUCUCCUCCCCCCACCCCUUUCCUUCCUGAGAGGAGCCCCAGGGAUGAGCACUUUCUCCCCCGACCCCUCUUUCCCCUACAGCUGUCCCUGAAGUGUCGAGCACCAGAGGUGUCCCAGCAUGUGUACCAGGCCUACGAGACCAUCCUCAAGAACUGAGGCCCCAGCCAGUGCCCACCCCAGCCUCCCGCCCACCCCAUUGAAGACUCCCUGGGGUUGGCAGCACAUCUUCCUCCUCACAGGAGGGACCAGGCGGGGCUCCUGGCCACCGAGGGGGCUCCCUGAUCCUGAUGGCAGCACCCACCCGAUCCCUGGGUUGGGGCCCCACCCCCUCCUGGGGUGAGAGCACAGUGCACUCGCGUGCUCCAGGACACCCCUGCUCCUGUGGCUGUGACGUGGGGUCAGGUGAGGAGGGGACCAGAGGAAACAGCCAGAGUGGCCACAGAAACUAUGUCUGAAGGGUGAGCCUGGAGCUUGCCCCUCCAACUCACAGCCCCUGGCUCCUUGGUCUCGGGUUGGUGUUAAAGGGCCCCCCACUGCCACCUCUAAUGGGAUGGAUCUGCCAACCUAGCUUAGGUGUACAGGGAGGGGUCCCCUUGGUACCAGGAGAGCUGCUUGCUUAGGGCCUGGGGCUCAAGGGGCUGUAAGUGCCGGCAGAGGGGCAGAGCUGGGUUGGGAGGAGCCCAGGGCCUGCACCACUCACCUGCAGCCACCAGGCUGGUGCCCUGCAGCUGUGCCAGUUGGACCACAGCCUCCCGAGGCUGACCUGCAUGGUCAAGACCAGGCAGGAGCUCCCAGAGCCCGUCUCGGGCUCCUGUCCCCCUGGCAGCUGCACCAUCCCCCGCUCCCCACUUCUGCCCCAAGGAUGGUCACUGCCUACGAUACAUUCCUCAGUGUCACCUCUGAGCCCACGACUCCUGCAGCAGGGACCGGGCCAAGGGAUGGAGCUGGGUGAGCGGGUGCGCCUCCGUUUAGGUUUCUUCGGGGUUUCUCUGUAGUGUCUGCUGCCUCCUCCUGGCCUCCCAGGUUUCAGUUGUGUCCGAAAGAGCGUUAGGUUUUCCUGUUACUGCUGUUUAAUAAUAAAGAAAGAUUCGGCUUUUGACAAUCACAGACACUUUUUUCCCCUCCACCCAAUGUCAGGAUUGAAGGCUGCCUCCAAGUGGUUGGGGAUGGUUUUCUGACCCUACAGUAACUAGAUCUAAUAUAUAUCAUCAGAAAAUAUAUAUUGUAUGUUUACUCUUAUUUUCAGAAAGAUAAAGUGAAUAAAAAUGAUGGCAUCAA